AAACAAUGAUCAUUGAUCUCCAGAAGUAAAAAGAUUCAGGGUGGAGGAGUAUUUUGCUGCAUUUUGUUAUCAUAAAAACAGUGUAAUUCAUGCUACUGAUAAGGACCGUACAGUUUAAUUAGGUUCACCAAACGACUCAUUAAUCAAUUUUGAUUAUUGAUUGAAGCAGCAGAAUCCGCAAGUGGAACGUCGCAAUCGAGAGCCACCCAAUUCCGACCGUAUCAUCCCUCAAGGAAACACCAGAUUUUCUCCCAUAAGUAAUCAUGUUGGUGCUAGUGCUAGGCGAUUUACACAUUCCGCAACGGUGCAGCAGUUUGCCGGCCAAAUUCAAGAAGCUGCUGGUUCCGGGCCGAAUUCAUCACAUCCUGUGUACCGGGAAUCUAUGCAGCAAGGAAUCGUUCGACUACCUAAAAACGUUGGCCAACGAUGUGCACAUUGUGCGGGGUGAUUUCGACGAGAACAUGAACUACCCGGAGCAGAAGGUCGUAACGGUGGGCCAGUUCCGGGUGGGGUUAACCCACGGGCAUCAGGUGGUACCUUGGGGCGAUCCGGAAGCCUUGGCCCUGAUUCAGCGACAGUUGGACGUGGACAUACUGAUCUCUGGACAUACCCACAAGUUCGAGGCGUACGAACACGAGAACAAGUUCUACAUUAAUCCUGGCUCGGCCACGGGAUCGUAUUCGGCCCUGGACUCGUCGGUCAUUCCUUCGUUUGUUCUGAUGGACAUCCAGAGCACGACGGUCGUAACUUACGUCUAUCAGCUUGUUGGGGACGAUGUUAAAGUGGAGCGAAUUGAGUAUAAGAAAAAUUGAAGCCUUUACGAUUUAUGUAUAUAUUAUUAUUGAACUAUGUUAUUGUAUUUGACUAAUACGCCAAGAAUAAAGCAUGCAUUAUAACUCAUUCAA